AUGAAGGAACCCCAAAGAAGGGAGGUGGCUGCCAACGAAACUACACCAGGCAACGCGCUUAGUUUAUUGUCACUUCUUGGUAAUGGUUUCACUGGCACCAAGGAACCCCAAAGAAGGAAGGCUGCCAACGAAACUACACCAGACAACGCGCUUAGUUUAUUGUCACUUCUGGAUAAUGGUUACACUAGCACCAAGGAACCC